AUAGGAUAUCUAUGCUCUGUUUAGUCAGUCGAGUUGCAACUUUCAAAGCAGCAGGUCGUACGUAGUACGGUGGCGACCGUCGCGGCAUUCUUCGAAACACGAAAUGCUGUUCGGAGACAGCGCACGAGUGAGAUGCGUUAUAUUGAGAUGCGAUAUAAUUUCGUAACCACGUGCGAUCGUUUGCAAAAAUGCGUUUUGCGCUAUAGCAAUUUCUGAAAUCUCAUCAAGGACAUGGCAACGAAAAAUUUUGCCUUCAUCCACGGUGCGAUAGGAUUGAUCCAAAUUAAUCUGAGGGAAACACACGUAAGAUAUCGUGCAAAGUUGAAGGAGAAUUUUCUUAAUCUUUGAUGCGUCAUACCAAUUGGGAAUAAGUAUCAACUUGUUCUCUCGCACGCACGAAGCGAUGUAAUCUAUAAGAACCGGAAAACAUGAACAAGGUUUCUCCAGAGUAACAAUACAUUAAAGAGUCUGCAUAUAUUUCAUAAAGAGAACUCUUAUUAUGUUAAUGAUAACAAAACGGUACGUGUACAUGUUAUCUCGAAGCGAGAUAUAUAAUUGAGUAUCUUGGUCAUUAAAAAAAUAGAAAUUCAAGAACACAAUUAGAUAAACAAGUAAUUAUCUUGGUUUUUGUCGGCUUUACUCACAUUAUACGUAUUUAGAUUGUGAUUAAAAUUGAAAAACUCUAUGGAGUUUACUAAGGAAACUUACAAAUUGUAAUUUAUAAUACAUUGUCACAACUUUCCAAUCAGCAGGCAAUGAUUUUUAAAUGACUCUUAAAUAUUCAGAAAACGUUUAAAAAAAACAUUGUUGAUUGAGUUAUGCACAACUCAAACUAAAACAAAAGAUAAAACAAAGUUAAGAUAAAACAGAAUUAUGUACACUCAUGCAUGUACGUGCCUUGUUUUAACAACGGUAGUAAAACGUGAGCCAUUUCGUCUUUCUUAAGCAAUAGUUGCUGCAUAAGCGAUAAACACUCAAACUAAGUUGUUACAAACAAACGGGUUUUCAGUUUUAACAACUCUCGCCUUUCCUCCUGCACAAAGAGAACGGAAUUCUACCAAUGAUAUUUUAUCAAACCGCAUCCGCAUCGCUGCUUUCUUCCGUGAUUGAAGCAAGUUAUUUUCUUUUUACCAUCAAUAUGCAAAAGUUACUUGUACAAAACUUUCUCCCGUUAGAAUAUAGCAGUGGAUACAUGAAAUUAACGGUAGAUGCAAAACCUCAUUAAACGUCUGCAUGUAAAUAUGAUUUAAUAAAGUAUGUUAAGACAUUUGCAACAACUACACGAGAUAUAACUCGAAAAUUUACUCUGAAUAUAUGAUACGAUAUAUUGUGUUGAAUACGUAUGAGAGGAUCAGUGCUGUAUCUAAUACAGUCAUCUCAGUUAGCUUUGCAGGAAAUGCAGACGGCACAUUUUCAAAAGAGUGCCCCCAAAACAAUGAAGAAGAAAUUGUGUCUAUUCAUCGGUGUAAUUGUGCUAAUGAUCACGCUCCGUUUCUACCUCUUAACCGUUUACGACUUUGAAAUUCACGACAUAUUUUUCAAGAUGAUUCGUGAAAAUGAUUAUUUUGCAAAUCAAGUCGACAGAGCAAAGGCAUAUAGAGAGAGAGGCGUAAAAACUAUUCUUCUGUGGAACACGUUGUUCGGUGAUAGGAACUUUUACUUCGGAAAAGGCGACAUUUUCCGCGAUUGUUCCUUCAAUAAGUGCAAAGUCUUUAACGAUCGGGAUUAUUUGAAUGUGGAAGAUUACGACGCGAUUCUUUUCCACGGUAACGAGAUGAGUGUGUUUGACGUGCCGCGGAAGAGGAGGACGAUGCAAUUUUAUGUGUACGUUAAUUUGGAAAGUCCAGCCAAUCGAGAUAUACUUCCGAAAUAUCGAAAGAGCUACUUCAACCUCACGAUGACGUACCGACUCGAUAGCGAUAUACCCUGGACUUACGAUAUCAUAGAAAAUGUAAAGACCGGCGAGUUCGUCGCACCUUCAAAGAAUCCUGAUUGGAGCGCCUUUGAAAAUGACACAACAGGUGCAGGGGACGCGGUAGACGAAGUGCCAUCUGCGAUAUUGGACACCGUCAGGGGUAAGAGCAAGCCGGUAACUUGGUUUGUAAGCAAUUGCUAUGCCAAAAGUGGCCGAAUGGAAUAUGUGCAGGAGCUGUCGAAGCACAUAGGCGUCGAUAUUUAUGGCAAAUGCGGCAAAUUUAGCUGCGAGAAAAAUCGAAACUGCCUUAACGACGUAGUCGAGGCCGACUACUUUUUUUAUCUAUCCUUCGAGAAUUCCUUCUGCGACGAUUACGUGACAGAGAAGCUGAUGAAUCCGCUCAGGUAUAAUGUCGUCCCGGUAGUUUACGGAGGCGCCAACUAUAGUCAGAUCGCACCGCCGAAUUCCUAUGUGAAUGCCUUGGACUUCGAGAGUCCGAAGGAGCUCGCUGCGUACUUGAAAUAUCUCUCUCAGGAUCUGCAGCGAUAUCAAAGCUUCCUACAAUGGAAGAAGUAUUAUCGAGUCAAUAGCGGAACGAAGCAGGCCGUUUGUACCCUCUGCGAGGUGCUGCAUAAGCAGAAAAAACCGAAAAUAUAUUCGGAUUUAUCCGAUUGGUACGCCAAAGAUAAAUGUCCUAUUCAGACGCUUCUAGAUAAUGAUAAAUACGUAACGAAACGUACGCUAAUGAAUCACGGGUAGAAGAAGGGGGACCAGAUUAUAAAACUAAGACAUGGAAACAUUAAUUAAUAAUGUAUUCAAAUAAAUUGUUAAAUAUAAAGUAUUAGAUUUGGGACCUAUUAAAUUCAAAUAUUAAUUGUAAAUUAACAUGCUCCUGGAUAUUUUAAGAUAAAUAAUAAUAUCACAUUUUUGAUUCGUUAUUUAAAGUUCAACUUUUAUUGAACACAACUCAAUUAUAAUAUAGAUGCUUUUCGAAUCUAUCUUGUUAUUAAAUUAAGCAUGACUUAACGAAAAUGCAUCAGUAUUCUUGGCUCUAAUUUAUCUUAAUUUUGGAAACUCUGAAUUUUGGAAAUUCUAAUUUGAAUUCGUAGUUAAGCUCAUGAUAAUAAGAUAUCCCUCCGUCAUCCGUUAUCCAAUUAUGUAUAUUGAACGUUUCUAAGUACAUAACGAGAUAAACGACGAUGCAGCUUCGACGUUUGACUUAUACAUCGAUAAUGGGUCAUUAGGCCGAGUAUAUAGUACAUCGAUAUAUUCGCCACUCGCUUGAUUAGUUAAGAUCAAAGCGGCCAAGCUCCAUCGUCCUAACACUGCUAUGCUUCGAGAGAUUGAGUAAGACAAAUGUGUGAUUCACUUCACAUCCAUGAAGGAGAAAAUAGCUUUCAAAAAUUGCAUAUUAUUGAAAAUUCUAAAAUAUUUGAUAGACUGAAUGUUAAUAUAAAAUAUAAUUGUAUAAAAGACUGACGUUACUCCUAACAUCUUACGAAAAAACUAUUAUAUUCAAUAGGACAAAAAUUCCGUAUCUCUAAUAUAUUUUUUUUUAUACGAUUAAAGAUACUUAAAAAUGUUAUCUUCCUAAAUAGUGAAGAAUAAUUUACUUGUCAGCAUUAUUUAUUCUAAUCUUUUAACUUCAUUCUAUUUUCAUUUUUGUAUUAAAAGAGCGUUUAAAAUAACGCAAAUAUAAUAAUAAAGGACCAUUGUGUUCACGCAUUUACACGUGCAUAAAUAAAACCAAAUAUAAUCAUUAGUGUUAAUUGUUAAUACAUUUAGCCUAUAAUAACUGCUAAUGCAUUAUCACAAUUUUGUGAUAAUGCAUUAGGAUAUAGGCAUACGCGUACGUUUAUACAAGAUACAUAUAUACAUUUUUGCGCGUAGCAGUCACACAGAAGUUUUCUUUCUAAACCUUUUCUAUAUUUUCAUCCAAAUUUUAAUUGUACAGUUAAAAAAUUAGCAAACUAAUUUAAAUAUAAAGAAAUGUUUUAGCUUAAUUUAUGAAAGAGAAUCAAUUUAAAAUAAGAUAGAAAAUAAUUACAAAAAAAUUUUAAUUUUGUACAACUAUUAAAAUUUAGAUACGUCGCUCAAGAAGCAAUUAUAUCUGUAACAUAAACCCUUCAUAAUUAUUAAUUUUUGCAAAUGUAAAGUUGCAAAAAUUAAUUUGCGGACAGUACAAAUGUACGUACAAAUGAUAUCUACACAAAAUUAUGCCUGUAAUAACGAUGCCUAUGCAUAACCGUCAUUGUGCGAAUGUUGUACAAUAACAACGAUAAUAUAUUAUUGUAAAAUCUAUACAUAAAUUAUGUGUUAUAUAAAUACAAAUAUAUUUUUUAUUUCUAAA